AUGGUGGAUAUAUUCGCCUUCAGUCUAAAGUUAUGGCUGUUAACGCGGCGACCACCUGGGCUCCCUCCCGGACCCCCUCUCCUCCCGUUUUUGGGGAAUGUCCUCUCCAUGGGCUCCGAUCCCCGGAUCACAUUUCGAAGACUCAGGCAACGAUAUGGCGACAUCUUCAGUGUGUACCUGUUCAACAAACCACUCAUCGUCCUCAACGGCUACAGCACUCUGAGAGAAGCCAUUGUCUGUGUUGUUGGAACAUCUGGAGAGCUCUGGCGCGAACAAAGACGAUUCGCCCUCAACACUCUCAGGGAGUUUGGAGCAGGCAGGAACAUCAUGGAGGAUAAAAUACACGAGGAAAUCUCACAGUUUAUCGAGGCCUUCGAGGCAGAACAAGGACAAGGGUUUGACUGCAAACGCCUGGUGUGCAACGCAGUGUCCAAUGUCAUCUGCUCCACUGUAUUCGGCAAACGAUUUGAAUAUACUGACCCGCUCUUUAUUACAUUUUUAAAAGCCAUGGACGAAAAUGUUGCCAAUGUUGGAGCGGUUGGAGUGUUGAAUGUGCUGCCUAUUGUGCGCUUUCUGCCAGGAGAUCUAUUCAAAUUUAAGGUGACAAUGCAGAAUGUCGAGAAAGUCGAAUCACUGCUCAUAGACCCUAUGACAGAGGAACACUUGAAGAAUCACGACGAUGACAACGUGGACGACUUCAUCCACGCUUACAUCAAGGAAAUGAGACUUCGCAAAGCGAAACAAGAGGACACGACCUUAGACUCGAAGAACCUGAAAAAGGUUAUAGCAGACCUCUUCGUGGCCGGAACGGAAACCACUGCUACUACCAUACGAUGGACCAUGAUCUACUUACUCAACAAUCCGGAAAUACAGGAAAGGUGUUUCCGAGAGAUCCAGGAAAAUAUCGGCCAGAGCAGAUUGCCCUCCAUAAAGGACAAGACCAACCUGCCCUACAUGGAAGCAACCAUUAUGGAAGUCUUGAGGCGAGCUGAUAUCGCCCCUACAGCUCUCCCACAUACCGUUCCCCACGAUGUCCAGUUCAGGGGAUACACGUUCCCAAAAGGCGUACAAGUCAUACCAAUGCUUGAUUCCGUCCUACGAGACCCGGAUGUGUGGGGUGAUCCAGACAACUUUCGGCCUGACCGUUUCCUUGACGACAGUGGCAAGAUCGUAAAGAAAGAUGAGUUCAUUCCCUUCUCUCUGGGUCGAAGGGUUUGUCUGGGUGAGGCCAUGGCUCGGAUGGAGUUAUUCCUUUUCUUGACCACCAUGAUCCAGAGGUUCAAGUUCAUUCCGGUGGAUGGCCAGAUGCCUUCUUUGGAUGGAACGAUGGGCAUAACCAAUUCUCCAAGACCAUUCGUCAUGAAAGCCAUUCCCAGAGUUUAAUCACUCUAUGCGAGUGAGUGGGUAGUGUUAAGGCAGAAUUGAGCAACUAUCC